CAGUCCGACUAUCCUAUUUAAUUGGCAAGCUCUUGAGACAAUCUGUUCGCUGGCUCGGAUUUUUCCUUCCAAUAUCCUUAUUUGUUCAGAUUGGGGUCUUGUGCUGGCCCCUUCGAUGAAUUUCACGACGAUCCGCCUCCCCUGAUACCGUCGUCCUGUCGAGCAGUCACAGAAUUGCGAACCCCACCUGGGCUUUUUUUUCUUCCUUCGUCGUCCCCUUGGUCACAGAUAUCUUAGACCGGAUAAUUGAGAGAGCUGCCUGAAGUGAGGCAGAAGGAGAUAAUCAAUAAUGCUUCCCGUGUCGCGACCGGAAGGUCAUAUGAACCUGAACUACAUCCCCACCUCGCAGUCAAUGUCGGGGACGUCCACAGGGAGCAGCUCCCCGAACGAGCUGCCAACCUCCUCUACGAUGAAGUCGUCUUUCGGGCCCGCCAAUGGUCUCACCAGCACUGCUGGUCCGAUCGGAAAUGCGAGGCUAGGGGCUGGAUCCCCGUCUCACGAGCUAGGGGCUCGUCUCUAUUCUAAACGAGCACGCGAGAUCCAAGCACAAGAGGGCGUCUCCCCCAACAUCUGGGGGCCGCCCACCAGCGGCCAUUCGACCCCACUCCGAGAAAACAUUCCCGAGUCUCCGAGCCAAGACGAGUUUCCGGAUCUCAUGCCCGUCUCGGAUGGUGUGAUCAGCAGCCCUGCGCGGAGAGCGCGAGCAGGCACCGUUCCAUCCCGCUUCCCACCAGUCGGGACUCUGAACGGAGUCUCCGUUCAGCAGCCGUUCACGUCCAAGAGCUCCAGGCCGACUCCCUCGACCAGCCCGUUUCGGCCUCCCGGUGUCUCGAGCAUAGACACCGGCAGCAAACCGGCAACCGCCGGCGGCAGCAACCCCACGGCGCUGUCUCGUCUCCGUGCCGGCUCGAUGCCUCAGCGAGCUAGUUUACUCGGCACCUCCAGUCCCUUUGGCCCGUCGCUGUUUUCCACCAGCUGGUCUACAGGUCGGGAACGGGCAACAACUCUGGCAAGCAUCCGUUCCUCUGAAGGCCCUGCUUCACCGAGUCAAUCGUCCUUCUCCAGGGAAGGGCUCGCCGAUACCGAUGUGAGAACACUGGACUACCUGGGCCUGGUAGAGACCCCCCAACAAUCGCUUGCCUCUCUGGCUCGUCCUGUUGACUUGUUGCUUCAACAGCAACAGCAGCAGCAGCAACAACAGCAAGCCUCUGCCCUACCACCAUUGCUUGCCGAGCUGGCGAUGAUGAAGAACAACAGCAGAUUCCGUUCCUACUCUGUCAAUGCCAAGGAAAAGUACGCUGAAGAUGACGAACUUGAAUACGAAAGCCGAUAUUCUCAACUCCCCUCCGGCACCUUGACCCCGUCCGCGGCGGCUACGGCGGCCCAACUGGCCGCCACGCAGGCUCAGAUUCACCAGCAUAACCUUGCCGUCCAGGCGUUUGCUUCUCACGCUUCUGCCAGCCGGCCCCGCGCACGCACUGCCGGUAUUCUGGAAGCCCCUCCCCAACGGUCUUCGAUCCGCAACUACUUGGCAACUCCGUCCCGACUCGAACACAGCAUCAGCGCCGCUGAUCUUCACAUUCCCGAGGGCGCAGAAUAUGACGAACUUUCGGAAGCCGUGCAGAUGUUGCAGCUCGGUGGUCCUGGCGCAUCCAACCUGGGAAUUCGGGGAGGCACCGAGCCCGUGGAUGAGACCAACCAAGAUGGCCCUACUCGUGCAUUGUGGAUCGGUAGCAUCCCCGUCUCCACCACCGUAACCUCCUUGGAGGCGAUCUUUGGGAUGUAUGGCAAGAUCGAGUCAACUCGCGUCCUGACGCAUAAGAACUGUGGCUUUGUCAACUUCGAGCGCCUGGAUAGUGCCAUUCAGGCGAGGUCGCUGCUCAACGGCAAGGAGAUCUUCCCCGGAGCAGGACCCGUGCGCAUUGGCUACGCCAAGGUUCCAGGGUCCUCUGCGUCGGGCACGCCGGGCGCAAAUGGCAUCCAGUCAUCCCCCACCCCGGACCCAAAUUUCAAGUCAAGUGCGGCUCCGUCGGACGUCAACGACAAAUUUGACGGUGCUGGCUCCCAUGUGCCCCAGAUUGCUCCCCUCGCAGAAUUGCACCCGGAGAUGGUGCAAAUCGUGAGAGAGUUUGGCGCCACCCAGGAAGACUGCAAUGCUAUCGAGUCUCAGAUCAAGAACGCCAUCGCUUUUACUGCUUUCCAGGAUGAAAUCCCUUCUGUUCCCGAACCCAGUCAGGCGCGGAUGUUUGAUGCUCCACGCCUGCGCGAUAUCCGGAAGCGGAUUGAUAACGGCGCUUGCUCCAUGCAAGAGAUUGAGGAGACGGCCAAUGGGAUGCUUCCUGAAAUCGCAGAGCUGGCCUCGGAUUACCUUGGCAAUACCGUGGUACAGAAACUGUUCGAAUACUGCUCCGAACAAACCAAGGAGCAGAUGCUCAUCCAGAUCGCGCCGCACCUGGCCGAAAUCGGGGUCCACAAGAAUGGAACUUGGGCUGCGCAGAAGAUCAUUGACGUGACCAAGGCACCCUCUCAGAUGAAGAUCAUCAUGGACGCCCUCAGACCAUAUACCGUUCCCCUGUUCUUGGAUCAAUACGGCAACUAUGUGCUCCAGUGCUGCCUGCGCUUUGGCAGCCCUUACGAUGAUUUCAUCUUCGAGACAAUGCUUUCUCGCAUGUGGGAGGUUGCUCAGGGAAGAUUCGGGGCUCGCGCCAUGCGCGCCUGUCUGGAGAGCCACCAUGCGACCAAGGACCAGCAGCGCAUGCUGGCCGCUGCCAUUGCCCUUCACAGUGUUCAACUGGCCACCAAUGCCAACGGUGCUCUCCUGCUCACUUGGUUCCUUGAUACCUGCACCUUCCCCCGCCGCCGCACGGUGCUCGCUCCUCGCUUAGUCCCGCAUCUGGUGCACCUCUGCACCCACAAGGUCGCAUAUCUGACGGUCCUCAAGGUCAUCAACCAACGUAAUGAGCCCGAGGCACGGGAGAUCGUGUUGAAGUCUUUGUUCUUCAGUCCCGGCGAUGAGGUGUUGGAGAAGAUCCUGAGUGAUCACUCCUCCGGUGCGACCCUUAUCUUCAAGGUCCUGACCACCCCCUUCUUUGACGAGUCAAUGCGCGCUGAAGUCGUCAAGACUGUUUGCAAGGUCUUGACUAAGCUCAAGGUCACCCCGAGCCAGGGAUACAAGCGGCUGAUGGAUGAGGUGGGUCUGUCCUCGCGGGGAGGCGCUCGCGACCACCAUGGUCGAGAGCAUACCCCUGGCGGCCACGGCCCGAAUGCGGAGAAACAGCUACAUCGUCCGAGCUCUCGCCAGGCCAACACGGCCUAUUCCCCCCAACAGGGUACGGAUAGACAGUAUGCUGCCAGUGGUCCAUUCCCCCCGAACGGGCUGGCGCAGAAUCUCGACGGCCCUCGCCCGAUGCCUUCGGAACCACAGGCUGCUCCUCCCUCUUCCUUUGAUCCGUAUGCGAUGAACCCAAUGAACGGGCUCGGUCAGCCUGCCGGCGGCGUGAGCGCCCUCGGCGGACUGGGUGCAGUCAAUGGGGCCGCCGGGUUCAGCCAGGAUCCGCUGCUUUCUCAGCAACAACUCCAGUAUCAAGCCUUCAUGGCCUCUCAGCCACGAGGUGUGUCGAGCGCGGUCUACCCUACCAUGACCGGGGCGAACUUCGGCUAUCCACCCACCGGGUCCGCCGCGUCCAUGGAUAGUUUACGCAACCUGCAGACCCAUGCACCUCCUCCCCUUAGCACCGCCGCCAGCCAGAUGAGCGCGGGCCCCAUGCUGAACCAGCCUGGCUAUGGGCCCCAGCAGCAAUUCAGUCCCGUUCUCAACCCGGCCCAGAUGUAUCAAUAUCCUCCGCAGUUUUACCCAACAACGCAGGUGCCACAGGGGCAGCCCGCUGGAGGACGGCGAGGACGGGUGAGUCAUUCCCAGCUGGGAGAUCCGUUGCGAUGAAGGGCGCAAACCAUCGAAAUGGACCAUCGCUAAUGUUCCUGUUCUUCUCGAUGUUACAGCGUUGAACGUUCCACCCUAUGAUCCCUUUUUUCUUAUAAUUUAUCCCAUGACUUCGCUUUCUUUACAUGUAUAAACUUUUUUU